AUGUCUUCCUCCGCCGACGAGCAGUACGAGCAGCAGAACGACCAAAUCAGCGGUGACGCUCCCGCUGGAGACGCACAAGACAACGACUACGCAAGCCGUACUGGCCAGAAUCAAUACGGAAUCCCGGUCGUCAAGGACGAUGCCGCUGUUGAGGAGGGAGGCUAUGGCGAGAAUGCCGACUCGGAUGCUCAGUUAGAGAAGGACGACCGCGACGUCGAUGAGAGCAACAUCUUGGACUCGCGCACGCGUGGUGCUGCGAAGCAGAAGGGCACUUAUGCUGAGCCUGGUGAUGAGGAGGGACUUCCUGGUCCAGAGGAUGGGACUAGCAGUGGACGCCAGUAG